UUAAUAUAGGUAAAUUAACAAUUAUUAGUGUGGAAGCUCGAUCGAUGGAUACUAGUGGGUUUGUAGAAUUGGUAUGGGAAAAUGAUGAGAUCGUGAAACGACGUCCGUGUCCAUCAAACUUCAUAUCAAGUCAAAGGUAUUGUGAUAAUAACACUACUGAAGUUCCUCAUGUUGUUGUUGGUGGUGGUGGUAAUAAGAGACCAGGCAAUACUGCUACUGCUGUUCCCACAAGGAACGUGUUUGAGCUAUUCUCAUCGCCAAAGCAGUUACCUAAUAAAUCUAAUGGCGCCUGUGGCCGUGGUGACUAUGAUGAUGAUGAUGAUGAUAGUGAUAAUCAUCAUCGAUCUAAGCCUAGGCCAGUACUUUUACUUAAUAAGGACUACUUGAACAACAAAUCUAGCGAGCGGGAUCUACAACCACCGCCGGAACGUGUACUGAUAAUGAAGAAUAAUAAUAAUAAGCGGGUAGCUGUUGAUGAUGAUAAUUCUAUGUGCUUGGUCCCUGAUAAUCAUCAACCUCAUGAUCAAUACGACUAUCAUGAUUAUGAGGACUACCCCAAAAACCAAGAAGAAGCUGCACUUGUUCCCUCUUUACAUUCCAUGGGAGCUUCAAAUGAUUAUCAUAAUAAUGGAUUACCACUACUUCACACUACUACUACAGCUACUACUACUACUACUACAACUGCUACUACUUCUAAUACUUCUACUACUUCUACUUCUCUUGAACAAGACCAAGACCAAGAACUACAACCUCUCCCAAGAAAAAGAUCUGCAAAACUUCAUAGUUUGUCCGAAAGAAGGCGAAGAGAUAAGAUCAACAAGAGGAUACGCACCCUAAAAGCCUUAAUACCCAAUUGCAACAAGGUUGACAAAGCCUCCAUACUCGAGGAUGCCAUAGAUCAUCUGAAGUCACUUCAGUUUCAAUUACAGAUGAUGAUGUCGAUGGGAACGGGACUUAAUAAUGUCAUGAAUCCAAUGAUGGCACAAUAUUUGAUGAGUUAUUUCUCUCCAAUAAUGGCAAUGGCAAUGGCAUCAUCAUCAUCAUCACCGCUUGUUGGUUCUCGAUUAGGAGGAGUGCAUCAGAUGUAUGGGUUCCCCUUCCCCCAAGGUGUUUCAUCUUCAGCUUCUCAGACAUCACAGUCUUCAGCUCCAAUAUUCACGAGGCCUUGGCAUGUAUCACCCUCUUCUUCUUCUUCUUCUGCUCCUCAAAUUCCACCAUCAUUUCCAUUGUCCUACUACUACGCACCACAAAACAACUAACACUUAACCCACAAUAUUCACGAGACAUGACCUUUCUUAUUGUAACACCCAACCCAUCGAAAGGGCCAAAACUAGUCGUGCUUACUUGUUCAUAUCUAAUAGUUAAUGCUUUGAAUGUAAAAUGUUCAUAUUUCUCAUUUCAAGUCUUAGCAAUCUGCUUUGUUUCAAAGGGAACCAAGAACUGGAGCAACUCCACAUUUAUUUUUCUGUUUGUGGGUACACUUCUGUAAUUGCAUGUUAUAAUGAAAUAAAAUGGCUCUUCUUCUUCUUUA